UUUGAAAUAAAUCUCUUAAAAGAAAGUUAGGCGUUUUGGUGUAUUUAGCAUUGCAGGAACAUGUUGAAGAAAAUUUUUGCAUGCUAUGCAUGGGUUUUAAUGGGUUUACUGCCCACCAUUGGGGCCACACCCAUUUCCAUAGCUGAACUAAAUGCCCAGCAUUCACAAUCGAUUGUACGCCAAACUAAGGCCACAGAAAUGCUGAAAUAUUUCAAUGAUUCCGUAGAUCCCUGUGAGGAUUUCUUUGAGUUUACUUGUGGCAACUUUGGAAAAUACCAUCCCACCAAUACAACGGUAAACACCUUUGAAAUUCUGGAGAAGGCCAUGUUUAAUAAAAUCAAAAAGGAAAUGGAAGCCGACGACUCCAAUGACACCGACAUUGACAGGAACAUGAAGAACUUCUACAGAUCCUGCAUUAGUGCCCCUGGUCUGAGGGAUUCCUAUAAGGAUAAACUUCAAGCAGUGGUUACAGAAUUCGGCCAAAUGCCAGUUUUGGCGGGUGAAAACUGGCAGGAGAGUGAUUUUAAUUGGAGCAGCACCGUUGCAAAAAUAAUCUAUAAGAGUGGGCUGCACAUUUUCUUUGAAAUUGCCGUCAAUAGUGAUCUGAACGAUAACUCCAUCAAUCGUGUGGCUUUCGCACAACCCAGCUUUGCCUUGAGAGACAUCUCCUUGUAUGUGGACGAGUCCCUGCCCAUGGCCAGGGAGAAACGUAAAAAGACCAUUGCAAAAGACUUGCACAACUUUUUGGGUGUUGAGCAAGAGUUGGCUGCCACAACGGCUCAGGAGAUUUUAGAUUUCGAGAUAACCUUGGCCCGCGGCAUGAUUGAUCUCAAACUGGAUUUGAGCCUUAGUGAACUGUAUAGCCUGGUGGAUAUAGAAACAGUGCAGGAAAAAUAUUUACCCGUUUGGGAUACCAAGAAAUUGAUCAAUGAGGCCAUGGGCUUCACACCCGACAUGUUGAUUGUCCAACCCAGCUACUUGGACCAUACUUUCGAGGUGAUGAAAAACGCCUCCCCCAAAGCAGUGGCCAAUUAUUUGUACUAUGAAUAUCUAACCAACUUCAUGUAUGAGAUUCAAAACUCCCCGGAGAAAGAGGAGAAAAAUUGCAUUAAGAAAACCAAGAACAUCUUCUAUCAGCCUUUGGUAAAUCUCAUCUAUCGCAAGUAUUUCAAUGAGGAAAUGAAGGAGGGGGUAAACUUUAUGUGGCACGAGUUGAAGACCGCCUUUGAGAAUUCCCUGAAGACCGACAAACUCAGUUGGAUGAGUGCUGCAGUGAGAGAGUAUGCCAGUGAAAAGUUAAAGGCCAUGAAUUUGGAAAUACUCACCUAUGAGCAUAAGAAUUUCUCUGAAGAAUUCCAGGACAUGGAAAUCAACAAUUUUGACUAUGUGCAGAAUGUGAAGGCCAUUUUGGAGUAUGAGGGAAAGAAGGCACGAGCGAAAUUCGACAAAUCUCCGGAGCCCAUGAUAGCCACCGGUUUUUCACCUUUCAAUGUGAUCAUCGAAAAUGCCGUUAAAAUACCCAUAGAUUUUCUGCAACCCUUCUAUGCUUGGUCCAGUUCCUAUCCCUAUGCCUAUAAUUUUGGAACUCUAGGUUUUGCUGUGGCUCAUGAAAUUCUUCAUGGCUUUGAUGAUAUAGGUCGAUCAUGUGACAUCAAAGGCAACAUACAAGACUGGUGGGAUGCGGAAUCGGAAAAAGAAUUCCGUGAACAUGCCAGAUGCUUUGUUGACCAAUACAAAUCGUACAGCUAUGGGGGUCGACUGUUGCCCGAAAUGACCGCCCAGGGAGAAAAUAUUGCCGACAAUGGUGGGGUACGUUUGGCCUAUGAGGCCUAUCUAAGUUGGAGUGAAAAACAUGAGGAUGCCGAGGAGUCUUUUCCUGGCUUGGAUUACAACAAUCACCAAUUGUUCUUCAUCAGUUAUGGUCAAUUGUGGUGUGCUGCAACUCAUCCUGAUUUUAUGCUACAACAAGCGGCCAGUGAUAUUCAUGUACCAGAGAAAUUUCGUGUCAUAGGUCCCUUGUCAAAUUUUGAAGAAUUCGCCAAGGAGUUUAAGUGUGCUGUGGGUAGUGUUAUGAAUCCCGAAAAGAAAUGUGGAAUUUAUUAAUUUUAGGCUGAAAAAGGACGAUUUACCUCUAAGAAAAAAAAAUUAAAUGCUACAAUAUUUGUGUUUGAUUUA